AUGGAGGCCAUCAGCAGAGUCUUCUCCUCGGCCACCAACAAGCCCAUACGGACCAAGAAGCUCGACCACUCCAAAGAGCCCUUUCUCAACAGCAAUGGCUACGUCGACUUUGCGCCCGACGACCCCGAGAACCCCAUGAACUGGACCAUGGCCCGCCGCGCCGGCAUAUCCGUCAUCGCCGUGCUGCUCGUCCUCAACGCCACCAUGGCCUCGUCCGCGCCCAGCGCCGUCAGCAUGUCCCUCAACAAGCACUUUCACGUGUCGUCCGAGGUGUCCGCCCUCACCGUCACGCUCUUCCUGCUGGGGUACUGCUCCGGGCCGCUCCUCUUCGCGCCGCUCAGCGAGUUCUACGGCCGGCGGCUCAUCUUCAUCAUCACCUUUGCCGGCUACGUCGCCUUUAGCUUCCUGACGUCGUGGCCGCCCAACUUUGCCGCGCUGCUCGUCGGCCGCUUCCUCACGGGCACGUUUGCGUCGGCGCCGCUGAGCAACGCGCCCGGCGUGCUCGUCGACCUCUGGAACCCCGUGCACCGCGCCACGGCCUUUGCUUGCUUCUCGACCAUGGUCUGGAUCGGCCCCGCCGUCGGGCCCGUCGUCGCCGGCUUCCUGCAGCUCACAAAGGGCGACGAGGGCUGGCGCUGGUGCUUCUGGAUGCUGCUGUGGCUCGGCGCCUUCACCAUGCUGCUCGUCAUCACCAUCCCCGAGACGUACCCGCCCAUUGUCCUGAUGCAAAAGGCCAAGCGCGCCCGCGCCAACGGCUUCGACGUCAAGGCGCAGAUCGAGGACUCGGAUCGCUCUCUGGGAGCGGCAUACAAGGUCGCUCUGACGCGCCCUUGGAUCAUUCUCUUUGACACGAUUUCGCUGCUUUGUGCCAUCUACCUGGCUGUUGUCUAUAUGCUGCUUUAUAUGCUCUUCUCCAUCUAUCCCAUCGUCUUUCAGGAGAUGCGUGGAUGGAACGCCGGCAUUGGCGAGCUGCCGCUUCUUGGCACAGCCAUCGGAGCUGCCUGUGGUGGAACGAUUGUCGCUGUGGACUCGCACAUAAGACAAAAGAAGAUUGCCAAUGGCAAACUUAAAAUGUCUGAAAUGACACCCGAAGAUCGGUUGCCGCUCGCCAUGAUUGGUGGCAUUGGCUUCUUCAUCGGCAUGUUCUGGCUUGCAUGGUCCGCGAAUUACAACUCUGUGCACUGGAUCGUCCCUACUAUCGGCGGCGGCGUUCUGUCCGCCAACAUGUUGCUAGUGUUUGUCUCCUACUUCAACUACCUCGUCGACGUAUACCUCAUCUAUGCCGCCUCCGCCCUCGCGGCCAACACUGUCGUGCGGUCUGCCGGUGGUGCUGCCGCGCCCUUGUUUACACGUCAAAUGUUCUCCGCCAUGGGCGUUGGUGGUGGCGGUUCCCUAGUCGGCGGCGUAGGGGCCCUUCUGGCCAUUAUUCCUUUCCUCUUCUAUAAAUAUGGCCCGCAGAUUCGUGCGAGAAGCAAGUUCUCGCCGACAGGUGAAAAAGACAAGGCUACGGGGGGUCAGCCGAAAGAUCAGAGCGUGCGGUCUGGAAACGGUCACGACGAAGAGAGUGCGCUGGAAACGACUUCAAAUGAAGAUUCGACUCCAGCAGUGGGCAAUGGCGAGCAAGAAAAAUAG